CCGGUGCGUGGCAGUAUAUGACGGUUUCAUGGAGACAGUGUGGUGACAACACUGAAGUCAAUAAGGAGCUUACAGACAUUCUGCCAGAUUGGGUUUUUCUCUUCUAAUCCUAGAGAUUAGCAGUGCACAGGGCCACUGGCUGCCAGUGCUGCGGUGUGUUGCACACUUUCUUUCCGAUGAUCAUUACAGUAACGAGAGUGAAAUAUGGGACAGGGAAGAGGCCAAAGUGCAAGAGGAUGUCAUCAUAACAACUGAAACUGCAUUCUCAUACGCAGCAUGGCUGUGUAGAUUUGCCUGGACUAGUUCUGUGUUGUAUAUCUGCUGUGUAUGUUUCCUGGAUUAACAUGGAGGCAGAGACAGAUCUGACGUUUGACUCAGUUGAGUUGCCAGUAGAAACUUGUGAUCUUUCCAUCAGAGACACAGAGCCUUUAUGUUGUGAGGAAAACAAGCAGCUGAGCCAAAGCAGCCAGCCGGAGCAGAGAGAGGACUGCUCCGAGCGCAGCUGCAGAGAAGGAUGGAGGGGACGACGGAAAAUGAGGAAGACCAACAGUUUCAAGAUGGUGCGCUUUCAGGAGCCCUCUGAGGAAGAGUCUGUGUCCGAGAGAGACAGCACCACAGAGACUCUGUUCCCACUGCAUGUCGUGGACGAGUGGACCACCAGCGGCUUUGAGGAACUCUUUAUGUCUGAGGAAUGGCACGACAUUACAGAAGACCGACUCUUGAGAAAGAAGAUUCUGGAGCCCGGGUGCCCUCCCUGUCCCAACUGGGGUGAAGAGGUCACCGUCAGUAUGCAGGCUGUGCUGGAGGACCGCACUGUGGUGGAGAAGGACAAUAAGCUGGUGUUUGUGAUCGGAGAGGGAGACGUGAGCCAGGCUCUGGAGGAGGGUGUCCUGUCAAUGCAAAAGGGUGAGAUUACGUUACUGCUGGCAGAUUCACAGUACACUUAUGGACAUCUUGGAAGACAGCCUGACAUCCCCGCCUGGGCCCCUCUCCUGUACCAGCUGCAGCUCUCCGAUGUCCGACAGAAAGCAGACCCUCAGACGCUGCCGAUCGCUGAGCGCAUACGCAUCGGGAACCACAAACGGGAGCGGGGAAACUUCUACUUCCAGAGAGAGGAGUACAACCGUGCAGCCAGAGCGUACUGCAUGGGUCUAGAGGUGCUCACCACAAGGUGUACAGGUAACAAUGCAGCUGAGGCAGAGCAGGACGAGAUCAAGGACUAUCGGCUCAAAUGUCUCAAUAAUCUGGCCAUGGCACAGCUCAAACUGGAGCAGAACGAGGAGGCUCUGAAAACUUGUGAUGAGGCGCUGCAGCUGGACCCGCACAAUGUCAAGGCCCUGUUCAGGAGCGGAAAGCUCCUCUCAGAUAAAGGGCAAUAUAAAGAGGCCAUGGAGCUACUGAAAAGGGCCCUGAAACUAGAGCCAUCUACCAAGGCGAUCCACGCAGAGCUCUCAAAACUUGUGAAGCGACAGUCGGGAGGCCAAGACCCCAAACCAGUCAAAGCUCCUUACACCUUGGGAGAGGGGAAGACGCCAUUUUUGUUCUCAAAGAAGACCCAGUCAUCAGGACUUUCCUGGAAGCUUUUACUCGGGGCUCUGAUAGUGGCACUGGCUAGUUUAGUCAUAUCUGUGAUCCUGACCGCAUGCAACUGAGCACACAGCUGCAAGAAGAAUCAUUUAUCACUGUUUUAACUGAACUUGU